GCUGUACUGCGGGCAUGCGCACUGGGCGUCCCAGUGCCACCGCCCAUCAGCUGAGAAUCGUAGCUGGGGGCUCUGGGGCCCGGGGGUCCCCGCGGCCGGAGGAGGAGGAGGAAGCCGAGGAGGUUGGGGUGACUGCUUAGAAAACUGCCCAGUCUGCCAACAUCUGAUGAAAUUAGUGAAUAAGCAAACCAGCUAUGUCUUACACUCCAGGAGUUGGUGGCGACCCUGCUCUGCUGGCCCAGCGUAUCUCUUCUAACAUCCAGAAGAUCACACAAUGUUCUGUGGAAAUACAGAGGAGUCUGAAUCAACUUGGAACGCCUCAAGAUUCACCUGAACUGAGACAACAGCUGCAACAGAAGCAGCAGUAUACUAACCAACUUGCCAAAGAAACGGAUAAGUACAUUAAAGAGUUUGGAUCUCUGCCCACCACCCCCAGUGAACAGCGUCAAAGGAAAAUACAGAAGGAUCGCUUGGUGGCUGAAUUCACAACAUCACUGACAAACUUUCAAAAGGUCCAGAGGCAAGCUGCAGAGAAAGAGAAAGAGUUUGUUGCUCGAGUAAGAGCCAGUUCCAGAGUAUCUGGUGGUUUUCCUGAGGACAGCUCAAAGGAAAGGAAUCUUGUAUCCUGGGAAAGCCAAGCUCAACCUCAGGUGCAGGUGCAGGAUGAAGAAAUUACAGAGGAUGACCUCCGCCUUAUUCAGGAGAGAGAAUCUUCUAUUAGGCAGCUUGAAGCUGAUAUUAUGGAUAUCAAUGAAAUAUUUAAAGAUUUGGGAAUGAUGAUCCACGAACAAGGAGAUGUGAUAGACAGCAUAGAAGCCAAUGUGGAGAAUGCAGACGUGCACGUUCAGCAAGCAAACCAACAGCUGUCAAGGGCAGCAGAAUAUCAGCGCAAAUCCAGAAAAACCCUGUGCAUCAUCAUUUUUAUCAUUGUCGUUGGAGUUGUAAUUCUCGGUCUCAUCAUAUGGAAAGUGAAAAGCUAAAUUAUAAAGGAGCACCCUAUUGCACUACAUUCUCUAAAUUAUGUAGGAGGAUUCCUGUAAUCAUGGUUUUUUUUUAUUAUUAUUUUAAAGAUACUCCAUAAAGGAUGGCUCCCAUACUUUGUUAUUUUCAUUUGGGGGGGGCAGUUUCCUUUGGAUUCAAUCUGAUAUUUUCUAACACUGAAAGUUUUUCUCAGUAUGACUGCUGGCAUUAUUUCCAUGCUUUUCGAUCUAAUAACUGUGAGGUUUUGUCCACGUUGUAUAUGCCUUUCAUUUAUAAUUUAUUUACCUGUUGACUUAGCUCUUGGAAUUAGUAAAUGUAAAGGUGUGCGUGUGUUCCAUGUGCAUCUGUCUCUGACAGAGUGAUGUGCACUCAGAGUUGUGUUCCUUCAAUUAAAAAUCUCAAAUUUAGUUUUGAUUUGAGCCAGCAGAGGAAAUACUCUCAAUAACUUAAAAAAAAAUUAUCGUACCUGUUUGUGGUGUGUUUUUUUUUUUUUCUUGGUUCAUAGCAGCACAAAUUAUUUAACUUUUCUUGUUGGUUUUCUCUUAAGACCUUUGUUUACUCUAAAUGAAAUCGGUGAAUAAUUUCCUAGAGUAUCUCAUACUCCCGACGUGUACAUAUUAAGCAUUUGCUGUAGAUUGCCUAGUAAAAUACUAAGGAUAGAUUGUUUUUACAUAGGCCCUGUUUAAGUCUGGUGUUUGCUGGGGUAUGUGUAGUCACUGUAAAUGUUUAAUGUAAUUUGAACAAAGAGUAUGAAAAAUCAGUAUCUAUCGCGUUAGAAAUCUGAAGAUCCCAACUUAUUUUGCUGUGUCCUUCCACAGCUAUUACUGUGGAAAAUUAAUUAUCUUCCCUUAAGUCCUUUAGAAUAAUGGCUACAUGUGUAUCCUUGGGUCAGAAUUACUUUGGGGGAGCAACUUUCCCAGAAUUACUGUUUUUGAGCACUAACACUUAAAAUUUAGUGUUUACCAUUGCAUACCAUUUUAUAACACCCUUCAUUAGAAAACAAUUUGGAUGUUUGCCAAUUAACUCACUUGCUUUUUUUAAAUCAAUGUUGUUUUAAUGCACUAAUCUGAGUACUAUAAAGAGGAUUAUCUUAGUUAAUAGUUUGUAUUUUAUAACGUUCUUAUAUAGCAGUUUGAUAGUGAAGUCAGUGUUUUACAUGGCAAAGCUAUGAGACUUCAAAUGGGAACAAAUAAAAUGUUAACUAAGUAAACUGUAUCUUUGCAAACAAAAUAAAGAUGAUUUUAAAAGUG